AUUCUUAGGCGGCUGAACUCGACGGCUGCGCUGCCGGCCGUGUCGAAAAGACAGCUGAUUUCGCCGAUGGCUGUUCCAGCCCUCAAAAGUGUGGCUCCGCUCCCCUUCAAGAGCCCAGAGGCCAAACGACUGCGUAAAAGACUCCUCGACAGACCGGGUCUGAUUGGCGUCAAGCGCGGCAUGACGCAGUUCUACAACAGAAACGGAGACCGUGUUCCUGCCACAGUUUUGGAAAUUGAUCAGGUGGAGGUGGUUUACAACAAGACUCUCAACAAAAACGGCUACUAUGCUGUGCAGGUUGGAUAUGGACACAAGCUAAAAAACCAGACAAAGGCCAUGUUGGGACACUAUAGAAACGCCAAGGUCUCUCCCAAAGAGGUCCUGUUUGAAUUUGAGGUCAAGGAUGAGAACGGCCUUGUUCCCGUUGGCUCGCAGCUGAAAGCCGAUCAUUUCAAGCCAGGACAGUUUGUGGACGUUAUUUCGAAAACCAAAGGUAAAGGGUUUGCUGGUGUGAUGAAAAGAUGGAACUUUUCGGGUCUUCCGGCAUCCCACGGUACGUCUCUGGCCCAUAGAAGCGCUGGUUCCACCGGUAUGAACACCACGCCUGCCAGAGUGCUGCCGGGCAAGAAGAUGGCUGGACAUCUGGGAGACGAGUGGAACACGAUAUUCAACCUCGAGGUUUUGGACGUGAAUGCCGAAAAGGGAUACAUACUCGUCAAGGGAUGUGUUUCUGGCUCGAACGGUUCGUACGUUCAGAUUAGAGACGCUCUGAAGAGGUAUGGUUCGCAUAUAUUGCAGGAUAAAUAGCUAUCAAAUCGAUGUACAUAUCAGAUCAAAAACUCUGUAUUUUUCUCCACCACCGCGUUCACAACCGACACCGGAUAUGCUGGGCCGUGUCCGUGGCACACUUCGGAGCCUCUGAGCUGGCUGAUAAUUCCUGGAAUGUCCAGGUUUAUAUCCUUUUCGGACGCUAUUUCGUUCAGAUAGUCCCACACAGCAGCCACGGUAAGCACUUUUUCGUUGUUGUGGUUGUACGCCUGGAUGCUAUACGGAACGCCGUCCACCAUCGAGUGCGGGACUCCGGCGGGAGGCGCUUCAGGGGCCGACGUCCGCACGUCCACCACCGACUUGAUGAAAUCUUCUCUGGUCUGAGGAAAAUCGUAUUGCCCCCGCGUCGACGAGUGGCCUUUCGGUAACGCUGGUUUCUCCAUUUUCUGGAGCAUCUCAUUUUCGAUGCCCAGCAGCGUGUUUUUCUGUUUCAGCUGCUCGAUCUCCUGAAGAAGUCGCUGUCUUUCGCUUUCCGACUGGCUCAAUUUAGCGGAGAGCUCUUUGAGCUUGAUUUCCUUGCGCUCCCGGAAGGCUCUCUGCGCGGCGCGGUUUUGGGCCUUGCGCUUCUCUGCCAAAAGCGCCUCCUCAGACAGCGGUCUGUUCGUAUUCGAGGACUCGCUGCUAGCGGAUGAGCCCAGUCGCUUGGACUUCUUGGUGGUACCCGAGAACACUUCCUGCCAGAGUCCGUCACCUACGUCUUUUCGGAUCGACUCCUCCGCCUUGUUGCAGGUGUCCGCAAACAUCCGAUUUUGCUCCUUGUUCAAGGGAGAGACGUACCCGUGGAGGGUCCCGUUAUUCUGGAAUUGCUGCUGCUGCAAAAUCUCUCUGUCCAGCACCUGGGGGCUCUUAUACUCUGUCUGGUCGGUGCUACCCCGCGACAGGGGCGUUGGAAAAGACUCGUGCGCAUCGAUGUUUUCGGAAAGCUGGUACUGGCUCCAAUACUGUGGGGUGCCUGAGUCGAC